AUGAGGCAUCUACUGCUGUUCGUAGUGAUUCACCAGGCGUUGAUGCCUGUGCAAUCGUUCCACGGUGUGAUAUGGGACAAGAAACUGGACGAUUUCGUGCCGAUCGUCAACGUUCCCGAAUUCGCGUACGUGAUUCAGGAACGCAUGAGUCGAAUUCGGGAAAAGGAGCUCCACAAUUUUCAAGGGGCACCGAUUAAAAUGUCUUAUUUUGAGAUACCCAGAUCCCUCGAAAGCAAAAACAACGGAACCAGAUUGACCGGCGCAAUAGGCGAUAUUUGGCAUCUUUUGAGUGAAUUUCUGAACUUCACAUUGAGACCGACAGUGGUCACGGAACGGAACUUGGGCAGUGCGUUGCCGAACGGCUCUUACACGCCCGGUUUAUUAAAGAAAAUCCAUCUAAAUGAAAUAGACGUCAUACCAAGGUUGGACGGGCAAAUCGAUCGACUUGCGGCCGCCCAAUUUACGCUACCCUUGUGGAUCGCCAGAUAUUACUUGUAUAUACGACCAGAAGUGCAUCACCUGACCACUUGGAUGCUAAAGCUAUUAUCCCCGAAGGUCUGGUACGCGGGCUUGGUGACUUAUAUCCUGUUAACCAUCUGCAACUACAUGUCUCACGUGAUCCACGCAACAAUCAUGCGGCAAAAACCGGUGGCAAGACUGACAGAUCAUUUUUUCUACAACUUCGGCACGAUUUGCGAUCAGAGCUACUUUCUAACCAGUUCGGGUAAAAGUUCGAAGCUGAUCGAAUUAGUAUUGGGUAUGUUUUCAUUAUUAUUUCGGACGGCCUACAACUCGCUUGUAAUUGGUUACAUGACAAAAGUAUUCAACGUGCUACCUGUCGACAACAUACCGACUUUAUUGGAUCAUACAUCGUACAAGAUUGUUGCUGUGAAGGGUUCAUUGCCAAGUAUAAAUAUCCAGACCGGCCAGGAACCCAUAAACGUAAAAAUACGUCGUAUGAAUCGAUAUUACGAUAAGAAUACUGUAACCGAAGUAUUUCAAGAGGGAUGCGCACGUCACAAAUUAAUUGCAACAAUUAUAUCCACCGAUAUGAAAAAAUGUUUUGGGGAGCAUUUCUGUCCACUCACUCAAGCAGGAGAAGUUAUCUACAAAAGUAUUAUAAUUUCAGGGAUCUCGUGGCACUUCAAGCAUAAACGAUCUAUCGACAUCGGAUUACUGAGAUUAUAUGAACACGGUUUCAUACGGUUGUUGAAGCAACGUUGGAUUGACUCGAAAAACGUUGAAAAUUACAGAACGAACCCUUUCGAGCCAAUUAUGAUGGAACAGAUAUAUUUAGCUCUAUCGAUAUUUUUCGGUGGACUGCUAAUAUCUUGCAUAAUUCUCAUAAUUGAAAAUGUAACGUUCCGCCUUAACAAAUAA